AGGCGGAGGAGGAGGGGGCGGAGUUUAUGGCUGUCAGCGUGUCUCGAUAAGCGCGCCUGUAGAGCGCCUGAUAGAGCAGUCAGUUUCAGCGUGGAGUUCAUCACAGCCUCCUGAUUGCAAUGGAUUACAGACGGAUGAAACUAAUUUUAUUUGUCAGUGUAAUUAUGAACAGCGUAUUUAUUUCUCUUCAAAGUAAUGAAGAGGUGCUGCUGGACAUGAUGGCAUCUGGAGGAGAGUUGGGCUGGCUGAUAUGGCCUGAUCAGAACGGGUGGGAGUUGGUCCAGCGGAUUGUUAAUGGUAGCUUGCUCUAUUGCUACGUGGUUUGCAAUGUGGAAGCACGAGAGCAGGACAACUGGCUGCGCACCACCUUCAUCCAGCGCCACCCCACCGCCAGACAGGUGUUUGUGAAGAUCCACUUUGUUGUGCGUGACUGCAGUUCUUUCAAUGCAGACUCGCUUGCCUGCAAAGAAACCUUCAAACUGUACAUUUCUGAAGCUGAUGCUGACAUUGGCACCAGCUUCCGUAGGGUCCUGUUCCGCAAGGUUGCAACCAUUGCACCCGAUGAAACCUCUGCCAGAGAUAUGAGGAUCAACAUAGAGACAAAGGUGCUGGAGAAUCUCUCCCGUAAGGGAUUUUACUUGGCUUUCCAGGACACUGGUGCUUGUGUAGCUAUCUACUCUGUAAGGGUUUACUAUAAAACAUGUCCCACCACAGUGAAGAGCUUGGCAACGUUCCCUGAAACAGUGACGAUGGCAGGGGGCGAGAACCACACACCUCGGGAGGUGACUGAGGCUUUUGUGGAAAAUGCUGAGAGUGAGGACCAACCACGCAUUUACUGCAUAGGCUAGUGUCUAUGCAGCCCGGGAUAUGAAACUGUGGACAGCACAUGCCAAGCUAAGACCUUUGGUCUGAGGAAUAGAAUUUCUACCCCACUGCCAGCAGUGAAGUCUGAUUUUCAUUUGAGCAAUGGUUUUGCUUAGGGAUAUAAAUUAAAGCGAGUACAACAUGAUUUUUGGCAUUUGCAUUUAUUAAAGUGUUGUGUGUUCUAGACAGCAGGGAGAUUUUCUAUUGUUGUACAAUACAUACUGCCUUACAAGUAAAAUGGCUGGAAUUCCUUCUCAAGCAGUCCCCGCUUCAGCUUUGACUAUAACCAAAAUGUGAAAACUAUUUCCAUUUUGGUGCUAUAGCAUGUGCUUUUCCCCCCAUAAAAUAUUUUUUUUUUGGUAAAUCUAAUGUUAAAGACAAAACCACAUAUUGCAACAGCACAACAGACAAUAAAACAUGCCUUUCUAAGCCAUACAUCAUUGAUUAUUUCAAGACCGUUUUCUUUUAUGAAUAUCCCCCACUUGUUUUUUAUAUAUAAAAAAUAAAAAUGGCUGUAAUUCCUUAACAGUUAAUGCAAUGUUUUUGUUAAACACAGUGAAUUAAAGCUGACAGUCUACACUUCA